AUGCAAGAAAGGAAGGAAGAACAUACUGAAACAAAGAAACAAAUACAUUAUAGAAUCGUUAGAAAAAGAAAGAGCGAAAAAUACAACAAAAACUCGAUAAAACCUAUGUGCUUGAUGUUUUUGGCAAUGUGUUCUAUAGUAUCUAGUAGACUACUACUGUCGGAUCAGCUCACAGUGCAUAAACGAGUUAUAUAUAUGAAAGAGAACGACAGAACAAUAAUCAGUCCAAAUGGGGCACUUAGCUUAAUACGGGCAUGCAUGGCUGAAGGAAUCGGGCUAAUUCAUAAUUUAUGA